AGGGUUUACCGGUUUACGUGAGUGCGCCGGACGCCGGAGACCCCUCCCUGCUUGCUUCUCCGCCGGACGCCGGAGACACCAUCCGCCAGAGAACCGGCUGCUUGCUUGCUUCUCCCCUGAUUCUUCACCGACAGAGACCCCUCCCUGCGCAGACACCGGACGCCGAAGACCCCUCUCUGCUGCUUGCUUCUCUCCUCCCCUGGUUCUUCACCGACAGAGAAGUCCCCUGGUUCUUUGCCGACAGAGAACAGAGAAGGUCUGUAUGUUCCUCCUCCCCUGCUUCUCUCCUCUCAUCUCCUCUGUUAUUCACAUAUGAUGGCUUGAACUCAGAUGACAGAGGGUCAAUCUGAAGAAACUGCAAGUGCACCGGAGGGAGUUAGUGUCCUUAGAAAAAAUUCAGAUGAUGUGGGAUGGGAGUAUGGGGUUCUUGUUGAUAUAAACAAUAAGGACAAGGUAAAGUGCAUACUGUGUGACAAUCAAAUGUGUGGAGGGGUUUAUCGGUUGAAGCAACAUAUCGCCCAGGAAGGAAAGAAUGCGAAGAAAUGCCAAGGCAUGAAGACCACCAAAGAGAAGUUGUUGGAGGCUCAAGAAAAGUGCAAGAAAGCACUAGAUGGAGCAAAAAGGAAAAGGGAGGUGAAGACUGUUCGUGAGCUAGAACUUAGAGAGGAAGUUCAUGUGUCUAGGGUGGGAGGAUCAGAAGAAGUGACUUGUGUUGGAAGUUCAGAGCCUCACAAAUUAGGCCCCAUGGACAAAUGGACAAAAGCUAUUGAUCCUACAGCAACCAAAUCUGAAUCUUUGACUCAACAGAGGCUGAACAAGGAACUUUGGAAAGAAAGAUUACAUGAGGUGCAUAAAUAUAUUGCAAGAUGGGCCUUUAACCAUGCAAUAUCAUUCAAUGCAUGUGACAACGAUGAGUUCAAGCAAAUGUGUGAAGCAAUUGGACAAUUUGGGCCUGGAAUUGAACCUCCAACUAUGUUUGACCUGCGAGGGAGAUUGUUGGAAGAAGAAUAUGCAAGAACCAAGAGUUUGCUGCAAGAACGUGAAGCCGAGAAGAUGAAGAAUGGGUGCUCUAUUAUGACCGAUGCUUGGUCAGAUAAGAAGAGAAGCAUAAUGAAUGUGUGCACUAAUUGUGCUGAUGGAACUAGUUUUAUUUCCUCAAAAGAGAUGUCAGAUGUGUCACACACAAGUGAAGUGAUCUUUGAACUAGUGGACAAAGCAAUCGAAGACAUUGGUCCAGAUGAUGUGGUGCAAGUUGUGACUGACAAUGCUUCUAACAACAUGGGAGCAAAGAAGCUACUGCAUGUGAAGAGACCACAUAACUUUUGGACCUCUUGUGCAACUCACACAAUUAACUUGAUGCUCCAAGGAAUUGGCAACAUGCCUCGGUUCAAGAAGGUGAUUGACCAAGCAAAGGCAUUCACCAUAUUUGUCUAUGGGCACACAAGAACACUAGAGUGCAUGAGAUACUUCACUGAGGGGAAAGAGAUAGUAAGGCCAGGAGUGACUAGGUUUGCUUCAAACUAUCUAACUUUGGACAACAUACAAGAGAAGAAGGACCAGCUAAGAAAGAUGGUGGUUCAUAGUAGGUGGGACUCACUGAAGGAUGUGAAAUCAAAGAAGGGAAAAAAUGCCACAGCAACUAUAUUGAAUCCAACCUUUUGGAAGGAUGUGAAAUUGACAUUGGCAGUUUUUGCGCCAUUGUCAAAGUUCUCCGUUUGGUUGAUGGAGAUGUGAAGCCAUCCAUGGGCUUUGUAUAUGGAGAAAUAUUGAAGGCAAAGAGACAUGUCAAAGAGGCCCUUGGCAAUGUUGAGAACCGUUUCAAGGAUGUUGUUGUUGUUAUUGACAAGAAGAUGGCUGGAAGACUUGAUUCUCCAUUGCAUUUGACAGCUUAUUUGCUGAAUCCACACUACAGUUAUGCUGACCCAUCAAUCUUUGAUGUUCCCAAAAUAACAGAAGGUUUUAUCAAUUGUGUGGAGACUUUUUAUUAUCAUGACGACGAAAUGCAAGAACAAGCAGCCAACAUCGAACUCCAGAAGUUUCGGAAUAGAGAAGGUCCAUUUAGCAAGAAGCUUGCAAGGACUUUCGAAAACUUUGAUUAUAAUCCAGGUAACAGUUGUUUGUAAAUAGAGAGGUUUUUUAUUUCAGCAUUGUAACAAGCAAUCUGUUAUACUACUAACUAAUAGAGAGGUAUUUUAUUUCAGCAUCAUGGUGGCGGCUUUAUGGAACUGAAACACCAGCUCUACAGAAGAUGGCUACCAAGAUCCUAUCUUUAACAGCAAGUUCUUCUGGUUGUGAAAGAAAUUGGAGUGGGUUUGAUGGGGUGCACACUAAGAAGAGAAAUAGGCUUACUACAGACCGCCUCAACAAGUUGGUCUACAUUCAGUUCAACAACAGGCUAAUUAAUAAGAGAGCAAAGAUCAAGUCCAAGAAAAUUACUGAUGUUCUCUUGUCUAGUGGUACAACUGAAGCUCAAGGUUUCCUCCAAGAGAAUGGAGAUGAUUGUGCAUUAGUCUCCUUUAGAGAUGACGAAGACGAGGAAGAAGUCAUGGAAGGUACAGGGAUACCUUGGUCUGUGCUUGGAGAUGCAGUGGGAGCAGAAGAACAACUAGAGCUGCGUAGAAGUGCAAGGGUGAGAGAGCUCAAUGAAGAAGAGUUUGAGUCCGAAGAAGAAGAGUUUGAUGAAGAUGAGGACGAGGAUGAGAUGGAUGAAACCUAAGUGUGAGCUAGCUUCAUGUCAUGUUUUAGCUUUUAUUAUGCAUCCAUGUAUCUUUAAAUUGUGAACUUAGAACUCCUGCUGUGCGCUUGUGUUUUGUGUUGUGGCUUGUGAGAACUGAAUCAUGCGCAUGCACUUGUUAUUUUAUUUCGUGUUGCUGCA